CUCUCUCUCUCUCAUCAUGGCUCCCUCCGUCUCCCACGCGCACUCGGACCCGUCUCCUCCCGGGGGGUUCUGGGGUCCCCCCACCUCCACGCUGGACUGGUGCGAGGAGAACUACUUCGUGUCCGUCUUUGUGGCCGAAUUCUGGAACACCGUGAGCAACCUCCUCAUGAUCCUACCUCCCAUUUAUGGUGCCAUAAGGACUUCGAGGGACGGCCUUGAAACCCGCUACGUAUUUGCGUUUCUGGGACUUGCAGCUGUGGGCGUGGGGUCCUGGUCUUUCCACAUGACUCUGCAAUACGAGAUGCAGUUACUGGAUGAGUUGCCCAUGAUCUACAGCUGCUGUAUCUUCGUCUACUGCCUACUCGAAUGUUUCAAGCGCGAGAACUCCAUCAAUUAUAUUAUGAUCACGAUUUUGCUGGGAUUCAGCGUCGCGGUCACAGUCGUGUACUUGCUAUGGACGGAGCCAGUGUUUCAUCAGGUCAUGUAUGGGGUCCUGGUGUUCUGCUUAGUCCUGCGGUCCAUGUACGUGGUCACGUGGGUUUACCCCUGGCUCAGGCCGCUGUGCUACACCUCUUUAGGUGUGUUCCUGCUGGGCUUCAUCCUGUGGAACGUCGACAACCUUCUCUGUGACACGCUGAGAGCUGCUCGACUGAGGCUGCCCCCGGUGAUUGGCGCCGUGACGCAGUUCCACGCCUGGUGGCACAUAUUCACUGGCUUUGGGUCCCACCUUCACAUCCUGCUGAGCCUCCAGACCCGAGCUACCUACCUCAAACGAAGGCCAAGAGUCAAGUUUAUAUGUGGUGUAUGGCCGAUGCUUCACGCGGAGCCCCGGAGGAGGAGCUGAGCACCGGGGACGACGUGCACCGUGCUCUCCAGCCACUGGACAGAGGGAAGAGGCUCCUUUCCCAGCAAUCCAGGAGUCUCAAUCCAGCAAUCUCCUCCAGACCUCCACAGCACAGACGUGCCAAGUGCGGAAGUGCCGUCACCGAGCAACAGUGGACUUCACCCUCAGGGUCGUUCCGUUAAACUGGUCCCAUUUCGCUUUUCCCUGCAGUUCGCACUAUGUCAAGGGCUUUGCGGAAGGUUUGGUUAGCAGUUUGCAGGGGGAAGGAAAUUAGGAUGUUUUUCGUAAAGGGUUAGCGUUUUCAUUGAAUGAGUCUGUGUUUUUAUGUGCAUUAAUAUAUUUUAUUUCAAGUGGUUUUAACUGAUUAGUUUUUAAAAUUCCUGCCUUAUUUGCCUUCUGACCGGGUAUUUCUUUUGAAUUCCCACUUGGUUUGGUUUCUGAAUAAGUCAAUGGGUGUCGGUCUCUUAGCACCUUCUUUUCCAUUGUGUGAACUGAAUACUGUUUUUGGUUAGAUAGAUUUUUUUGUAAUUCCUGCCGUGUUUACAAACACAGUUUUUGGCCACACUUCUAAAUAGGAGAUGCAUUUUUAUGUGGAAUUUCCACUACUGUGUGUGGCAACAGGGGGGCUAAAAUUUACAGGCGGAUGUGACAAAAUAAUUUUCUGUUCAGUUGAGGCAUCUUCCAGGAGUAAAAUUAUAUGUAUCCUGGUACUUGGCCCUGAGGAACCCCUGCAGGACUGAAUGCAAGUGAAUGAAAACUGCAAAUGAUCAAAUGUGGGUUAUAGCUACAACUGCCUGAGACAAUUGUCUUUAGAAUUAAGUCUUCUGAGACUCUGUUAGUUCUGAUCAAUGAAUUAAAAAUGAAGAUUAGAGAUAAAGUUUAAUAGUACACCAUUGCUGAUGGAACGGCGGUGCUCUACAGAGGAAUUGCUAAUGUAGGUUUCUAUGGAAUUAAGCUAAUU